GGAGUGAAGCCACUUCCGGCCUUCCCUAGCGCUUUCCGUAGUCCUCUUCCGGGUGAUGGCGGCCGGGUGCCCCGGAUGUAGCCCUAGCGAAAGCAUCUCUCUUUUUCUUCCUCUGCCUUGUGUGGAUCCCCAGCUGGAGGAAGACCUCUCCGUCCCAUCAUGUCAAAGAGGAAAGUGACCUUCCAAGGUGUGGGAGAUGAAGAUGAUGAGGAUGAAAUCAGCGUCCCCAAGAAGAAGCUGAUGGACCCCGUGGCUGGGGCAGGAGGUCCUGGGAGUCGCUUCAAAGGCAAACACUCUUUGGACAGUGAUGAGGAAGAUGAUGAUGAUGAGGGGUCCAGCAAAUAUGACAUCCUGGCUUCAGAGGAUGUGGAAGGUCAGGAAGCAGCCACUCUCCCCAGCGAGGGGGGUGUACGGAUCACACCCUUCAACCUGCAGGAAGAGAUGGAGGAGGGCCACUUUGAUGCUGAUGGCAACUACUUCCUGAACCGGGAUGCUCAGAUUCGUGACAGCUGGCUGGACAACAUUGACUGGGUGAAGAUCAGGGAGCGGCCACCUGAUCAGCGUCAGGCCUCAGACUCAGAGGAGGAGGAGGAUAGCUUGGGCCAGACACCAAUGAGUGCCCAAGCCCUCCUAGAAGGACUUCUGGAGCUCCUGUUGCCUCGGGAAACAGUGGCUGGGGCACUGAGGCGUCUGGGGGCCCGAGGAGGAGGCAAAGAGGGUAGCAAGGGGCCUGGGCGGCCCAGUUCCCCCCAGCGCCUAGACCGGCUCUCUGGGUUGGCUGACCAGAUGGUGGCCCGGGGCAACCUUGGCGUAUACCAGGAAACAAGGGAACGGUUAGCCAUGCGGCUAAAGGGUUUGGGGUGCCGGACCCAGGGACCCCGGGACCCCACACCCCCACCUUCCCUGGACAUGUUCGCUGAGGAAGUGGCAGAGGGGGAGCUGGAGACCGCAACCCACGCCCAAAGAGGAGAAGCAGAGUCGCCGGGAGAUGGUCUGGUGGAUGUGAUGUGGGAAUAUAAGUGGGAGAACACAGGGGAUGCUGAGCUGUACGGGCCCUUCACCAGUGCCCAGAUGCAGACCUGGGUGAGUGAAGGCUACUUCCCAGAUGGUGUUUAUUGCCGGAAGCUGGACCCCCCUGGUGGUCAGUUCUACAACUCCAAACGCAUUGACUUUGACCUCUACACCUGAGCCUGCUGAAGGUCCAGUCUGGUGGCCCCUUCUUUCCUGGACUUUGUGAAAGAGGCCCCAGCUGCCUCAGGCAGUGAGGAUGUUCGAGGCCACUUUUCAGUCAAUUUCCCUUGCCCAAUAAAAGCCUUUAGUUGUGUAUUAGG